AUGGAGCAAUCUCUUCACUCAUCAGCUCGCAUCGACUCACCAAUCAGUAGAAGGUCACGUGGGAAAGACUGGAAGACGCGGCAACAACAGUCCAGUCCAGUCCAGUCAUCCACUGAUUGCGCAUCUUGUUAUCUCAGGCCAGUCCUUUUUGCCCCCACUUCGAACGUGUAUAUGUCAACAUGGAAUCACCGCGUCGGAAUCGGAAUAGAGCGGCGUGUAAACGAUGUCAACGAAGAAAGAUUCGCUUCCUGCUUGAAGGCAGGGGCCUCGUGUGUGAAUGAUGGAAAACAGGAGGUCACGCGGAGAUACAUUUCAAACAUGGAAAACCGGAUCCGAUGGUUGGAAUCCAUUGUCAAGGAAAACUGCGCCAAUGUGGAUCUUAGUCUUGAACCUCGCAUGAUAGCUGCAGAGAACGCAGCAGAUCAUGAUAGCACGAUUCUUUCUGCCGAUCUACAGCAUGAAGAUGAUCCGACCACUAGUUCGCAACGCAUUCCCCCAAGAGAGUUGAGAAGAGAGGCCCAAGGAGCUUCACGCAAUGAAGGAAACGGCUCGAAUUCGUUGCCGGACCAACAUCCGCCGCACCAUAUGACGGGGAGUAAUGCUGAGCACCAACCAGCUCACGAGAUUGGUCUGGUGUCCUUGUCCUCUGGAGAAGGCCCUCGAUACAUUGGGCCGUCCAGCGGGUACUUCUUCGCGAAUCGUAUAUUCUCCAGCGCUGGACGGCGAUGCAAAGCCAGGAGUGUUAAAAAAGCUACGGCAGAGUCAACUAUCCUCUCAACAGAGCUACUAAGCAACCUUACCCUGCUGCCCACGCGAAAAGAAAGCGCCGUGGAACUGUCAAAAAAGUACUUCCGAACAGUACAUCUUAUCUAUCCGUUCUUGCAUGAGCCGACCCACAUGUCAGUGAUUGACCGGGUAUAUACAUCCCAGAACGAGAACCCUCUGGAUUUGUUCCAGGUGUACAUGGUUCUAUCUAUUUCAGCUUUGAACCUGUCUCGUGAAUGCAAGGUACAUCUUCCCGUGGAGGGUUACUAUGCGUCUGCUAUGAAAUAUGUUGAGCAGGUCUGUUCAUAUGGCUCGGUUACUGCUCUGCAAUGCAUGCUACUUCUUAUGGUUUAUGCUCCGAUUUCCGCGAUGCCAGUGACGAGGGCGAAGACGAGGACAGAAAUGAAGAUAUAA